GAUAAUAAUUGUGUUGGCAAUAGACUACGGUAUGGAAGCUUCCUCCUGAACAAAAGAAGCAACUGUUCUAUUUUUGUUUGUAGUUGGCUAAAUGAAAUGACACCAGGAUAAGUUUGAUAGCAGGGAAAUCACAUUUCCAGCUGUCCUUGUGUGCAGGUCGGGUUGUCAGAGGAAUCACUAAACUCAGAUGGGUCAGGCACUGUGGAGGCUGCCUCCCAGACAACAGCAACAGCUUCAGGAAGAGCUAGCCGACCGACUGGCUGACCAAGGAGGAGGAAGGCGAGAGCAAGAUGGAGGUCCCCAAAGAAGAGCUCCUCAGCACUGUUAUGGCACUGACAUCCACCAUCUGCUGAGAACACGCAGGGGAGGCAAAGAGCAGCAGGGUUUUAUAGAUUUGGAGAUGCUGCCUCCUGAAUUAGGCAUCACCAUACUGUCGUACUUGAAUGCUACUGAUCUGUGCCUGGCCGGCUGUGUGUGGCAGGACCUGGGAAAUGAUGAAUAUCUAUGGCAGGGGCUUUGUAAGUCCACAUGGGGACACUGCUCCAUCUACAACAGAAGACUACCUGCUGGUUUCUCCUACAGAAGACUAUACCUACAGCUGGAUGAAGGCAGCCUGACAUUCAAUGCUAACCCGCAGGAGGGUAUCAGUUAUUUUAUGUCUAAAGGUAUACUACUGGAUCAUCCAACCGAGCUGGCGAAGUUCAUCUUCUACACUAGACGCCUCAACUGGAAGAUGCUGAGGAUUUACCUGGAUGAGAGGCGGGAUGUCCUGGAUGAGUUGGUGACCCUCCAUAAUUUCAGUAACCAGUUCCUCCCCAACGCUCUGCGGGAUUUCUUCAGACACAUCCAUGCACCAGAGGAGAGAGGAGAGUAUCUGGAGACCCUCAUCACCAAGUUCAGCCACAGGUUUUGUACCUGUAAUCCAGGUCUUGUCCGAGAGCUGGGUCUCAGUCCUGAUGCUGUGUAUGUGCUGUGCUACAGUCUGAUCCUGCUGUCCAUCGACCUGACCAGCCCCCACGUCAAAAACAAAAUGUCUAAGAGGGAGUUUAUCAGAAACACUCGCCGAGCAGCACAUAAUGUCUCAGAUGACUUCGUAGGCCACCUCUAUGACAACAUAUACCUGAUUGGCCAUGUGGCUGCGUAGCUGCAUCUAUACAAGCUGUCCAGUAUAAAUGCUCAUAUUGCACUGAAGAACAGGAACUGGUGAUUGGGAUGUCUGGAAAGCGUGGAACAUUGUGGAAAUGCAUUUUAACAAUUUCCAUGUCCUUCAAGGAAUAUAACAACAAAUAAAUCUUACUAAAAGUAAAACAAACAAAAUUCGCCACUUCACUGUGAGACGGAACUGUGCUAGUACGCUAGUAAUUUUGUUUAAUCAAAGGUGUGAAAUCAUCUGAAAUGAAUUUAAAAGCAAGUCAUUGCAAAGAAGAUGAGCAUGAAGACGAGCUCUGACACUGCACUGACAGAUGGGGACUACUGAUUGGUGGAGAAUCGAGGAGGAAGAGGAGCCCUUCCCUCAGCCCGUCACAGUUGCUGGGACAGUUGUGGAUUUCCUAUGGGACUGGAGCUGCUUCUCAUUCACCAGUGGGACAAAGACUGACCCCCCCCCCCAUUCUUGUAGGAAGUGACGCAACAGGACCAAGGCUAACAUGAGAUUACUCAUUAAAAUAGUAUUUACCAAUGCAACUACUGACAAAGCUACUUUGGAACUAUUUAACAAAUCAGCUGACCUUGAUACAUUUUCCAGUGGUGACAACCAGAAUGUCCAAGUGUCAAGAUUCAGCCAGAAGAACAAUGUAUCCUUGUCCUAAAUCUUUCUCUGUCCUGCACAAAAAAGUUGUAAAUCGCUCUUUUCAGCUCGAUGAGCGUCACCUGUUCAUGAGUAGGUGCAUGCACGUGAGAUUUUACAUUUUACAGUUUCCCUGAAAUUGGCAUAUAAGGCUGCCUGUGCUGCUCUGUUUGUAGACGGGUUUCAUUCACAAAAAUAGAGGGACAGAUGAAGGGCUGAAACCGGCUGACACCGGGCAGAAUGCAAAUACGACACCAUGAUGUCAGUGGUUUACAGCGGCUCCACAACAGUUUCCAACUACGUCCUCAGUUACAUUGACACAUACACAUACAUUGGGUCCUGUUUCAUAGUCAAUUUGAUAGUCAAAUUUUUGUAGGAGCUUUUGUCCAAAUGAGUUUCUGCUGUGGAGGAGAUGUGCUUUUUAUGCAGCAAGUAGAGCACAGUAGCAGGAAAUGGUGAAUAGUAGUUGGAAAGUCAGGGUCUGGUGAUGGACCUGACUAAUUGCAGUAUCAUAAUCACUGAAAUUGCUGAAGUCAAGUGCAGAGAAAGAUCAUAUUAAGUGCAAAAAAUUAGAGUUUUCAUCAAGCCAUUCAGUCAUUUUGGCUCUUGAAUUGUCAUGAAGGGAUACAGGGAUACUACUGGCUGAGGUUUGUGGGUGACAGUGCAAGUUCUUGAAGUUCUUGUGUUUUAAAAAAUAAUACAUGUAUAAUUUCAUAUUUUUUUUGCACAAUGCACAUGUACUGUGCAGAAGUUACCAAAAGUUUAGCUUUAGUUGUGGAAGUCAUAGGCUUCCACUCUUUUGAAAAAUCCUUGAAAAACUGCCCAUAAAAACAUAGCUACUGCUGCCAUGAUGACAUGAUAGUGUAAUCCAUCUAUUUGACUUGGACAUGCAGAUUUAUAGAUACUUUAUAACAUCACAGCGACUACUGGUGUAUAGUUCUAGAGGCUUUACUAGGGUAUUAGGGUUUUAAAGAGAAAUUGAAGUCAGAUAUAUGAAAUACUUCCAGCCUUUGCUUUUUAAAAGUAAAUCUAACAAUGAUGCCCAUCCGACCUGAAUGUAGUAUUGUCACUCUGUGCUAGUAGCUUAUACCAACGAGUGCUAGCAGCUAGCAUGUAGCUAAGUGUCACAGUGGUCACUGAAUGUAGCCAUAGCAACACACAGGGUGGCUGUUUGGCAGUUUUGUAUUUAAACCUAAUUAAGGGAGUUUAUGUCAUAACCUAGAAAAGCUAGUUACAAUACCAACACAUAUUUAUUUUUUUAUUUUAUUUUUUAUCCAAGUAAAUUCUGUUCCAAGCCUUUUCAUCAGACGGACACCUUACCAUGGCUGAACUCAUUCAAUAUUCAUUUUAUUCAAUAUCCAUUACUGCUGAUGAUGCACACUGAUUUACUGAGAAAUUAUGAAGGAAGUCCACUUUCUGUACUGUACUUUUUUUCUUUAUGUCUCACAAACUGAAUUGAGAAAGUGUUCCAAAUAUUUGACUCACUAAAUCUGUCCUUGACUCUACUGACAUGUUUCAAACACUGGCAGUUAAACAGCUUGAGGUAUGAAAGGGCUGAAAUAGAGUCACUGCUUAGAAAGAAAGCGUGCAUCACUUAUUCUAUUGGAUCUGUCACAUUGAACAUUUAGUCCAGUGAUAGAUAUGGUCCUUCAUCACUCCUGUGGCCUGUCAUGCUCACUGAAGGUGAUUCAGAUAUGCAUUUUGUUUCUUAAGAACGGCAAUGUGAGUUAAUGUCAUUAAUAACAGUAAAGCUUGGAGGAGACAUUGAUAAAUGAGUGAUGCUGGGAUUCAUUCCAUCCAUUAUUGUCAAUAUUAAGCUCUGAAGUCAUUUAUUGAUGACGGCAGUACUACUGUAGCUAAUGACUAAUGCUAAAAUAAUAUUAAUUAAUUAAUUAAUUAAUUAAAUACAUGUUUAAUUAAUGAUAUUCAUUAAAAUAAUAAUACACAGGCCUACAGUAUAUGCAUAUAAUUACUUGUAAGGAAUCAGAUGUAAAAUGUAAACUGAAAAUCCAAUCAGAUCCCAUCUUCAAUAAAAGGGACACUAACAGAACACGUAUCAGUCUGACUGAAGUUAAUGACUUCUUUAAGUCCGCCAACCUAAACGACCAUAUAGGUCGUUAGUCCCGAGCUACGAGGGAGUAUUAGGCCGCAUCGAGGAAAAAAAAGAAAUCUGAAAAUUUGAAAAUAAAGUCGGAAGUUUGAGAAUUCAAGAAAAAAAGUCAGAGUAUUGUGAGAAUAAAUGGGUAAUUUUACAAGACAAAAAGUCAUAACAUUACAAGAAAGAGUAUUACAGCUUUAUUCUCGUAAUAUUACAAAAUUAUCAUUAUCAUUAAAAAUGUAAAAUUUUGAGAGGAAAAACAAUUUUAAGGAAUAUUACAUCAACCAAUAA